UUGUCAACAUGGUUGAAAUGUCAAUACCUCAAGUUUGUUUAGUCUCUGCCAACAGAAUUGGCAAAUUUAAACAAGGAAAUCACAGACCCAUUCGUAUCAAACUUAUCGCAUUUAGAUGGAAAAGAACAUUCUUUGAAAAAGCAAAAACAUUUAAAAAAUUUGGCUUUAAAAUUACAAACGAUAUGUCGAAAAAGGAAAAAGAAUUGCUUAAGUCUCUAUUUGUAGCGAAAAAAUUAUUAAAAAAUCAAGGAAAUCAUAAUGCUUACAUCAAAGGAACAAAUCUUUACUUGAACAAUAAAUUAGUCACCAAUUUCGAGUUAAAUGGGAUUCUAAACUCUAAUCCAUAUCAUGUUCAAAACAAAAAGAAAAUUGCAGCUAGAAUGGUUCACAUAAAAUCGCACAACUCCCUACAAGACGGUAAAGGACAAUAUUUGGCAUGCAACUGUAGACUAAAACAAGAAUAGAAUCACAAUAACGAGACUACGAAAAUCACCCAUAUAACUGGAAUCUAAUAUAAACGUCUUAUAUUUUUGAAUUGUUUCGUGAUUAAAAAUUUUAUAGACAUAUUAUGAAAUAU